GAUAAUCAUAUACAUAAUAAUAUAAAUUAUAUACUCAAAAUACAGAAACAUAUGACACAGAUGUACGAGAAUAAUCGAGUUUUACACCGCAAUAUUUGUUCCUCACAGCACUAAAAUGUAAAUUUUCUUGAUUGCUGAAGAAUUUAAGCCAGAGUAUAAGAUCAAAUGUCCAAUCCUUAAUUAAUCCAUUAAACCUGCAUGUUUCUUUACGUAACAAACAAAACUUUAAAGACUACCCACGUUCAAAUUAGUAGACACAAGAAAUCCUAUAUUCCUCUAUCCAAUUUAGCAUAUAAUCCACUUAAAAAGAAACCCUACAGGAACAUUUAAAUAUGAAUAACUGCCCUCCGAGAUCCACUUCUGGUGGCAUUACCAACUGAGUGCUUCCUCCAAGCUUACAACCCGCUUCAGCGAUCAAAGUUCAUUCCAAACUUUUUCAUUUCAAUCAACAAAUGGUGGUUGCCGUCAAAGUUUUCAAGAAGACAACACCUAAUGGUAAAGUCACGGUAUAUCUGAGCAAGAGGGAUUUCAUCGAUCAUUUGGACCAUACCGAUCCCAUAGAUGGAGUUAUUGUCGUCGAAGAUGGAUACUUACAAGGCAGGAGAGUGUUCGGUCAGGUCCUCACCGUCUACCGGUAUGGUAGAGAAGAGGAUGAAGUCAUGGGAGUCAAAUUCAGUAAGGAAAUGGUCUUAGCUACUGACCAGCUAGUACCAACGAAGAAAGAAAAGGAACCAUUGACUCCUGUUCAAGAGAAACUCAUCAAUAAACUGGGACCAAAUGCCCAUCCCUUCACGUUCUACUUCCCCGAUAUGUCCCCCUGCUCCGUUACUUUACAGCCAGGCGAGGAUGACCAAGGUAAACCCCUUGGUGUAGAAUACUACGUAAAAUGCUACGUUGGCUCCAACGAAGAAGACAAAGGCCACAAACGUAGCACCGUCCAGCUGGCAAUCAAAAAAUUGCAAUUCGCUCCUAUCGUCAAGGGUGCUAGCCGCCUUCCAAGCUCCUUGGUGUCCAAGGGAUUCACUUUCUCCAGCGGUAAAAUCAACUUGGAAGUUACCCUCGAUAAGGAUAUUUAUUACCAUGGAGAGAAAAUUGGUGCUAAUAUUAUGAUUGGUAAUAAUUCCAGGAAGCAAGUAAGAAAUAUCAAGGUCUAUGUGGUGCAGCAUUGUGAGGUGACUAUGGUGAAUGCUCAAUUCUCCAAAUACGUAGCCAGCUUGGAAACUCGCGAGGGCUGUCCAAUAACACCUGGUGCUAGCUUCACCAAAGUGGUAUAUUUGGUACCACUAGCAUCCAGCAACAAAGAUCGCAGGGGUGUUGCCUUAGAUGGUCGUUUACGAGAUGACGACGCAAAUCUGGCCAGCUCUACUUUGGUGCCAGAUGGAAAAUGUCCAAUCGACGCUAUUGGUAUUGUGAUAUCAUACUCCUUGAGAGUAAAACUGAACUGUGGUACACUGGGAGGGGAACUUGUAACCGAUGUUCCAUUCAAACUCCUCCAUCCAGCUCCCGGUGCUAUGGACAAGGAAAGGGCCCAAAAUCUGAGGAAGAUGAAAUCAAUCGACAAAGGAAGAUAUGAGCAGAGCUUCGCAAAUGAUGACGAUGACAACAUCGUCUUCGAAGAUUUUGCAAGAUUCCGUCUCAGCCGAGAUGAACUGGAGUAAACAUUUCAAGAUCAUUAAUAUUGCGCAAUAUAAAUGCUUAUAAUUUGCUUAAAUAAAAAAUCGAAAAAAACAAAAAAAAACUUGCAAAAAUAUUUAUAUAUACAAAAAAAAAAGGAUCGGUAAUCAUUUUAUUAUUCCGCCAGAAGUUUUAAAAAUUUAGCAACGGGAUGCUUAGAUAGUUUUUAAAGAACAGUCGAAUAAUAUUAUUUUUUGCUUAAAAAUUGUAAAGCUUUUCGAAUAUAGUUUUUAGUCAGUAGACGUUAUUUGUGCAUGCA